AUGUCGGACCCUGAAGGUUUCAAAAAAGUUAGUGAAGAUGCUCACGUUUCCAAAGAAAGCAUCAACCUGAAUCCUUAUGGACCAAACCCAGCGGAUUUCCUCUCCAACGUGUCCAACUUCGAGCUCAUCGAAUCCACUCUUCGUGAAGGUGAACAGUUUGCAAACGCAUUUUUCACCACCGAAAAGAAGAUCGAAAUUGCUAAGGCACUUGAUGACUUCGGUGUAGACUAUAUUGAAUUAACUUCCCCAGUAGCAUCAGAACAAUCUAGAAAGGAUUGUGAAGCUAUUUGUAAGUUGGGGUUGAAGGCCAAGAUCUUGACCCAUAUUAGAUGUCACAUGGAUGAUGCUAGAGUCGCUGUUGAAACCGGUGUUGAUGGUGUUGAUGUCGUUAUUGGAACCUCUCAAUUCUUGAGACAGUACUCUCAUGGUAAGGACAUGAACUAUAUCGCCCAAUCUGCCGUGGAAGUUAUCGAAUUUGUCAAGUCUAAGGGUAUUGAAAUUAGAUUCUCUUCAGAAGAUUCUUUCAGAUCUGACUUGGUUGACUUGUUGAACAUCUACAAGACUGUCGACAAAAUUGGUGUCAACAGAGUUGGUAUUGCUGACACUGUUGGAUGUGCAAACCCAAGACAAGUAUACGAAUUGGUUAGAACCUUGAAAUCCGUAGUUAAAUGUGACAUUGAAUGUCAUUUCCACAAUGAUACCGGUUGCGCCAUUGCUAAUGCUUACACAGCCUUAGAAGGUGGUGCUAAGUUGAUCGAUGUCUCCGUUUUGGGUAUCGGUGAAAGAAACGGUAUCACCCCAUUGGGUGGUCUCAUGGCUAGAAUGAUUGCUGCCGAUAGAAACUACGUCUUAUCCAAGUAUAAGUUACAUAAAUUAAGAGACUUGGAAAACUUGGUCGCUGAAGCAGUUCAAGUGAACAUCCCAUUCAACAACCCAAUCACCGGUUUCUGUGCCUUCACCCACAAGGCAGGUAUCCACGCUAAGGCCAUUUUAGCAAACCCAUCUACCUACGAAAUCUUGAACCCAUCAGAUUUCGGUUUAACUAGAUACAUCCAUUUUGCCAACAGAUUAACUGGUUGGAACGCCAUUAAAUCAAGAGUUGACCAAUUGAACUUGAACUUGACUGAUGAACAAUGUAAGGAAGUCACUAACAAGAUUAAAAAAUUGGGUGAUGUUAGACAAUUGAAUAUCGAUGAUGUGGAUUCUAUAAUCAAGGACUUCCACUCUGACUUGCUCACUCCACAACCAACAGGUCCAGCUCCUCACGUUAUUGAAGGAUUAGCUGAAUCUGAAUCCAAGAGACUUAGAGAAGAAUAG